AAUCAGAAGCUGGUUCAAUAUUGAGGUUAGGACUGGGUCAAAUUGGCUGCGCGAUUGUCUUCUCUUCUCUUAGAGUUAAACGAGGGUGAAGAAAUUGAUCGUUGCUAGAUUUAAGAUAAUAGUAAGUCUGAAAAACUUUGAAUUAUAGCUAAUUAAGUUGAUACGAAGAGCAUGGGAAGAAAGUCAAUUGAAAAGAAGACCCCUGUGGAAGAUGGUGAAGUUCCAACACGCGCACCAGUCGAUUUACCAAAAACACAACGUACGUUGUCUCGCGAUAUCAAUCGGCCAAAAAAGUCUAAGAAAAUAAAACAAGAAAUGGUUUCUACAAUGCGUAAGCAAGGUGUUGAGAAUUACACAACAUUGGAUACAAAAAGCAUUAAAAAAAAAUUAAAGAAAAAGCACGUGAUUGCCAAAGACGAUUCUACCACCAAACCAUAUAUUAACAUAAAAUCAUCAAAAAUGGUUAAAAUCAAAAAAACUGAGGCAGUAGCGGAUAAUAAUGUGGUCACAUCCGAGGGCGAAUUGGAUGGUUUUAAAAAUAAUUCAAAAGAGAUGGAUCAACAUCCUAAAUCCAAUUCAGAUAAGGUCGAUGUGAAGCUAUCCAAAGAAAAUCGUUUUCCAGGACGCGAAUAUUCUAUUUUCAUCGGGAACUUACCAAAUACGGCAAAAAAAUCAACUGUUAAAACUUUUUUUAAGCCAUUUGGAAAAAUAUUGACCAUCAGAUUCCGCACAAUUGAUGGUGUCAUACUACUCAAGAAAAAGGAUCGCAAGGAAGCAAAAGCUUUAAACUGCUACGUUCGUUUCGAAACCAAGAAGGAAGCCGAGGCCGCUUGUUCAAUGAACGGUGAAAUUGUUGAGGGUAACCGCAUUCGGGUUUCACUACAGUCACAAAAACAGCUUGGACACCAUGCUUCGACAGUGUUUGUAGGUAACAUUCACAAAAAUACUACUGAUAACGAACUGUAUGCGUUCUUUAGCAAGGUCGGCGAUAUUGAAUAUGUUCGACAAAUCUCCGGCAAGUACAUUGGUUACGUGUGUUUUAAAAAGGGCGUUUCAAUCGCUAAAGCUUUAAAACUGGACCAACAAUUGCUCAAUGGCCGCCCGCUACGAAUCAUGAAAGUUAAUCCUCAAAAGCAGCAUGUACGAAGAAACAAGAAGGGUAAUAUUGUAUCUAAGAAAACUCAGUCUGUCAGCGAGGAUAUAUCAUUUAAUGGUGUACACUUAACCGAUAGACAACCGAGGAAAAAAGCAUCAAGUGAGUUCCUGGGAGCUGUUGCAAAACCUAAAGGACAUUAUAAGCGUAAAGCAAAAAAAUCCCCUUCGGAAAAGAAGCUUGCGCAGAAGCUAACGGCUGUAGGAAUAAAAAUUAAAUGAACGUGGUAUAUAUGGA